AUGGGUGGUGUUUUUACCUGGGAUUACUACUCACUCAUCAAUGAACUAACUCAAGGCAUGGAACACACUAAGCAGCUUAGAACUUACCUGAGCUCUGUAGCUUCCACUUCUGAAGCGUUUCCGAAUUUGCUUCUGCAGAAGAUUCUUUCUUCUUUUGAGCAAUCUCUGUUAAUUCUCAAAUGGACUGGCUCACCAGUCCAAUCCCUUCCGGCAGCUGGUGCAAUCGAAUUAAUGGUAUCUGGUGAUGGAAAUCCUAGGAGUGAUGACAAGAAAAGGAGUUUCGAAGAUCAUCAGAAGCUCAUACAUAUUUCAAAAAGAAGAAAAUCACAAGAAAGACGCAGAAUUGUGAGUGGAGUUGAAAGUGCUCUGGAUGAUGGAUAUUGCUGGAGAAAGUACGGACAGAAAGACAUUCCUGGAGCUAACUUUCCAAGAGGCUACUACAGAUGUAAGUCUCGUUUCAUUGAAAACUGUUGGGCAACAAAACAAAUGCAAAGGUCUGAUGUUGAUCCUACUGUAGUUGAGAUCACAUACAUAGGCUACCAUACUUGUCAGUGUCACCAAAUUACUAACUCUACACUACAAGCAACAUCACCAGAGAAACAAGCCAACCAUCACAGCCUGAUAGAUGGUGACUAUUCACCAUAUUUUGUCAGUGGUGAGGGUGGAUUUGAUUCAUUUGAAGGUCCUAUAGAUGGUGGAUAUAGCUGGAGAAAGUACGGACAGAAAGAUAUUCUUGGAGCUAAAUAUCCCAGAAGCUACUACAUAUGCACAUAUCUCAACAUACAAAAUUGUAGAGCAACAAAAGAAGUGCAAAUGUCAGAUGAUGAUCCUACUACAUUGAAUAUCAUAUACAAAGGCUCCCAUCUUGUCACCUAGCUACUAAUACUGCACUACAAGCAACAUCACAAAAGAAAGAAGCCAGCCAUCACAGCCUGAUAGUAGGUGGAUAUUCAGCAUCGUUUGUCUCUCCUACAACCCCUGAAUCAAACUACUUCCCAGUCUCUAGCUGCCAGAUGAAUAGUCUUGGAAUAGUUCACAACUUAGACCAUUCAGAAUCAUACCUCAGUGAUAUUGG